UUACCCCAACACUAGGGUUUCACAUCUUCCUCUUCCCCCCAUCACUCUCUCUCAAGGAAAACAAGAAAGAGAGAAGAAAGAAAAAUAAACCCCCCCACAUUAAUCUUAAGAGAGAGAGAGACUGAGAACGAAUAGCAAAGUAAAGAGAGAGAUUAAGAAAAAUAUCAGCUUUCGUUCUCCUUCUCUCUCCUCCAUUUCAGUAAUAAUCUCCUCCUCUAAUUCAGCUCUCUCUUGAUCCACUUCAUACUUUUUUUUCGUGUAAAGACUCGACUCGAUCUUUAAUUUAUUCUCUGAUGAACUUCGGAAGUCUCUUCGACAAUACAACCGGUGGUAUCCCCACUGGUUUGACUUACGGCAGCCACACCUCCGCAUCUACUGUUAUACCCAGCGGUGCUAUGUCUCAUGUAGCGGCGGCGAGCCUCUUCUCUCCUCCUAUCAAUACAAAAUCUGUUUACUCCUCUUCUGGCCUCUCUCUAGCUCUCGAGCAACCGGAGAGAGGAACAUCCAUGAGGAACAAUAACGAUAGUUUCGAUGGGAGUGGUAAUAAGAACAGGAAAAGCCGAGAGGAAGAGCACGAGAGCAGAUCUGGAAGUGAUAACGUCGAAGGAAUCUCGGGAGAAGAUCAAGACGCCACCGACGACGAUAAACCUCCAAAGAAAAAACGUUACCACCGACACACUCCUCAACAGAUCCAAGAGCUCGAAUCCAUGUUCAAAGAGUGUCCACAUCCAGACGAGAAGCAACGUCUUGAACUAAGUAAAAGACUUUGCUUGGAGACAAGACAAGUCAAGUUCUGGUUCCAGAAUCGUCGCACUCAGAUGAAGACUCAAUUAGAGCGGCACGAGAACGCGUUGCUGAGACAAGAGAACGACAAGCUAAGAGCUGAGAACAUGUCUAUACGCGAAUCAAUGAGGAAUCCAACCUGCAACAUUUGUGGUGGACCAGCCAUGCUCGGCGACGUCUCUAUCGAAGAACAUCAUCUCCGCAUCGAAAACGCUCGCUUGAAAGACGAACUCGAUCGCGUCUUUAACCUCACCGGUAAAUUCCUCGGCCACCAAAACAACAUCAAUCACACCUCUUCUCUAGACCUCGCCGUCGGCACCAACAACAGCAACAACAACAACGUCGGAAAUUUCGCUUUCCCUACUGACUUCGGCGGUUGCUUACCACCGCAGCAGCAGCAGCAGCCGACAGUGAUUAACGGUGUUGAUCAGAGAUCGGUUUUGCUGGAUCUGGCUUUAACAGCUAUGGAUGAGCUAGUGAAGCUCGCUCAGAGUGAUGAACCGUUGUGGGUCAAAAGCUUAGACGGAGAGAGAGAUGAGCUUAACCAAGAGGAGUACGUGAGAACGUUUUCGUCUGCUAAACCAAACGGUUUAGUUACUGAAGCUUCUAGAACGUCCGGUAUGGUCAUCAUCAAUAGCUUAGCGCUCGUCGAGACGUUAAUGGACUCGGACCGAUGGACGGAGAUGUUUCCGUGUAUCGUCGCAAGAUCCACAACCACCGACGUUAUCACCGGCGGAAUGGCCGGGACAAGGAACGGUGCACUUCAACUGAUGAAUGCGGAGCUACAAGUUUUGUCUCCGUUGGUUCCGGUUCGCAACUUGAACUUCCUCCGGUUCUGCAAACAGCACGCGGAAGGCGUGUGGGCUGUGGUGGACGUUUCUAUUGAUACCGUCCGGGAUAACUCCGGUGGAUCUGCGGUCAUAAUCAGACGAUUACCAUCAGGCUGUGUAGUGCAAGAUAUGUCUAAUGGAUACUCAAAGGUCACGUGGGUCGAGCACGCAGAGUACGACGAGAACCAAAUCCACCACUUGUACCGGCCAUUGCUUCGGUCAGCUCUUGGUUUUGGCUCGCAAAGAUGGGUCGCUACACUUCAGAGACAAUGCGAGUGUCUGGCCAUCCUCAUGUCCUCCUCCGUUACACCUCACGACGACACAUCUAUAUCGCCUGGUGGUCGGAAAAGCAUGCUGAAGUUAGCUCAACGUAUGACGUCCAACUUCUGCUCGGGCAUCUCUGCACCCUCUGUCCACAGUUGGAGCAAGCUCACUGUCGGAAAUGUCGAUCCGGACGUUCGAAUUAUGACCCGUAAGAGUGUGGACGAUCCGAGUGAGGCUCCGGGUAUCGUCCUGAGUGCUGCCACGUCUGUGUGGCUGCCGGCUUCGCCACAACGUCUGUUUGACUUUUUGCGGAACGAACGGAUGAGAUGUGAAUGGGAUAUUCUAUCUAACGGUGGUCCCAUGCAGGAGAUGGCCCACAUCGCCAAAGGUCAAGAUCAAGGCAACUCAGUUUCUCUGUUACGCUCCAACCCAAUGAACGCAAAUCAGAGCAGUAUGCUAAUUAUUCAAGAAACAUGCAUUGACGCAUCUGGAGCGAUGGUAGUGUACGCGCCUGUUGAUAUACCAGCCAUGCAUGUUGUCAUGAACGGUGGAGAUUCAUCCUAUGUUGCUCUCCUUCCUUCUGGUUUCGCUGUUCUCCCUGACGGAGGCUUUGACGGUGGCUCAAGAGACGGUGAACAGUGUCCGGUCGGUGGUGGGUCACUCUUGACAGUGGCGUUCCAAAUCCUUGUUAACAAUCUCCCAACGGCAAAACUCACGGUUGAGUCUGUGGAGACUGUCAAUAACCUAAUAUCAUGCACCGUCCAGAAGAUUCGAACCGCUCUUCAGUGCGAAAACUAAGCUUCAAGGCGGCACGUGAACUCUUGAGCGCAUGUGUGUUUGUUGUAUCUUUGAGUUUGUGAAUUUCAACUAUAUAAGUGUCAUGUACUUUGGUCUUUUAGUUAAGUUUGGGAGCGGGGGUGUCGAGUCAAGAACGAACCGCGCAGGUGGCGAAAUCCAACUCCUUUGUCACCGCGUUGAGACCACGUCGGGUUUGGUCUGAUCACGGUGGAGGAGUUGGUGGUUCGGGUAUUGACUAGGGUUGGAAACCCCCUUUUUUUUUUUUUUUUUUUUUGUUCAAAUGAAACCCCCUUUUUAUCAUUAUGUUUGUUUGGAGUAAUUUAGUAUUUACAUUAUCUUGUGCACUCAUGUAGCGAGAGUGAGCCACACGCUCCGUCGGAUGCGGGUAUGUUGUGUGGUUUUUGCCAACGCGCACUGGAACAUGGGUAGUAUGUCGUUGGACUUUGGAUGGAUCUGGUCCGUUUAUGUCUCGUGGUGUGCAUUAAAUGUGUUUGCAGGCUAACAUUCAUUUAAUGCUAUGUUUUUUUCCCUCUUGUCCGUGGCU